CCAGGGGGGCCCUGACCCCCAGACACACCUCCUGUUAUUCAGAGGCCGCCGGGUGCUCGGGGAGGGGGUUUUGCGGAAGUAACCACGGCCCCAGCUCGGCGGCUACAAGGUCACUGACCACUGGGCCUCACAGGCCCCAGGUCCCCCAGCACACGGGGGGCCAAGGACAAGGGAGCUGAUGUGACCAAGAUACCCUACCGCCGGCCUGGGCUAUGGGGGGUGUCUGGAGGAGGGUAGGCGGCCGAGGGGGGCAGAGAGCGACCCCAGCGCUACAGCCACGGGAGGGGGUUCCGCCAGCAUCUGAGGGAGGCUGGAAGGUGACCCCGGGCUCAGGCGAGCCCACAGGCGGGUGGCAAGGCCCUGAGCUGAGGACCACCAAGCCCGCCGCCAUCCCAACCUGCAGGGCGCGAGCCGACGGGCCGGGUUGGUUCACGUCGUCAAGUCUGGGAAUUGGUUAGAAGACAACACAUCCCGAGCUUCAGCGUCUGGAACAAAGCUGGAGCGUCCUGGGUUUUUGCGGACACCCCGUGCGGGUUGGCCAAGCAGAGCCCGGGGCGGAGGUGGCCCUCGUCCUCUCCAUCCCUCCCCCACCCGCCAGGACACCCGGGUUGCCCGCCUCCCAACGUGAGGACGCCCUGGCCAGUUAUCACGGUGCCCACUGCCUGCCCUGGACCAAACUGCCGUAACUUCCUGCCGGGGUGUCCGUGUGCGAAGGUCGGGGUGGCUGGCUUCGCAGCCCAGCACCGCUGACACUGGGGGGACGGCUCCCCCGUGGGGCUGUCCCACAUUGUAGGACAUAGAGCAGCCCCACCCACCGGAGGCCAGCACCCCCCAGAGUGACGACCAGAACUGCCCAGAUGCUGCCAGUGGACACCAGAGCAGCUGGUGUGGACAGAGUGAGAGGUCUUCAGGGGUCAACCGGGUCUGCCCUUGUAAGGGGCCCCAGGUGCUCGCCUGUGUCAGGCUGUCUGCGGCCGGCCUCUGCAAGUUCACUGCUGACCAGCCUUGAGAGUCACGCGGCAUCACUUCUGCCACCUCGGAUGGGCCAGGCCAGCCUCGGUUCGAAGGGAAGAGGGAAGGACCCAGCCCCGGAGGAGCAGAGGUGGCCAUCUCCUGCCGCGCAGGGCACCGGCUGGCAGCAGACCACGCCUGGCCUCACCUCCUGGCCUCUGCACUGCCGCCCAGGUCGUCGGUGGGACAGCUCGGCCCAGAAUCCCAGCCUGCAUCUCCACGCCUGCCCUCCCGACUGCCUGGCCCUGGGGAGCCGUGCUCACCUUCCCAGAUCCAAGGCCACUGCCUCGUUUUCCCUCGGGAACUGUGUCGGGUGCACCUCCCCUGGGAAAAGUGCCCCCCCCCGCCAGUUCCACCUGUACCUCCCCACACACGGUGCCGAAGGGAUGACUCCCAUCAGACAGGAACUGUCUACCCGAAGUCGCCACAGGGCGCCCAGGCGGUCGGGCUGCAGCCUGGUGGCACGUGCAAUGUUUAAAUGCUCUUCACGUCACCUGUGGAGCGUGGAAAAUGUCCACGCCGUCGGGAAGGAAGCAGGAUGCCAGCUUUCUGUUCAGCGCGGUCCGUCACACACAAAAGCGCACGGAAGUGGGUUUGGGAGGAAACGUGCUCCCGCGAUGCUCCGGCGGCGGCAGGAUAGCGGGUGGGCGGGGGCAGGACGGCAGCCCCGUCAUCACCUUCCCCGACUACCCGGCCUUCGGCGACGUCCCCGACAAGGAGUUCCAGAAUGUCAUGACCUAUCUCACCAGCAUCCCCAGCCUGCAGGAUGCUGGCAUCGGGUUCAUCCUGGUCAUAGACCGCAGGCAGGACAAAUGGACCUCGGUCAAGGCGUCCAUCCUGAGAAUAGCGGCAUCCUUCCCAGCAAACCUCCAGCUUGUCCUCGUCCUGCGCCCAACGGGAUUUUUCCAAAGGACGCUCUCUGACCUCGCCUUCAGGUUCAACAGAGAUGACUUUAAGAUGAAGGUACCGGUCAUAAUGCUGAGCUCCGUCCCGGAAUUACACAGCUACAUUGACAAGUCCCAGCUGACCGAGGACCUGGGCGGGACCCUGGAUUACUGCCACUCCAGGUGGCUCUGCCACCGCACAGCGAUAGAGAGCUUCGCCCUCCUGGUUAAGCAGACGGCUCAGAUGCUGCAGGCCUUCGGGACCGAGCUGGCCGAGACGGAGCUGCCCAACGACGUACAGUCCACGAGCUCCGUGCUCCGUGCCCACACGGAGAAGAAGGACAGGGCCAAGGAGGACAUGAGGCUGGCGCUGGACGAGGGGCGGAGCGUCCUGGAGAGCAUCCGGGAGCCGCUGGCCCGGGGCCCGGAGCAGAGCCCGAACCAGGACCAGCUGGACAGUCAGAGCACCGUGCAGAGGCUCCUGGCCCAGCUGAGUGAAACCGAGGCCGCCUUCGAUGAGUUUUGGGCAAAGCAUCAGCGAAAACUGGAGCAGUGCCUGCAGCUCCGGCACUUCGAGCAGGACUUCCGAGAGGUCAAAGCCGCCUUGGACGUGUUGGCCCAGAAGAUCACGACCUUCACCGACGUGGGGAACAGCCUGGCGCAUGUGCAGCACCUCCUGAAGGACCUCGCCAGCUUUGAGGAGAAGUCCAGUGCGGUCACGCAGCGGGCCCGCACCCUGGCCCUGGAGGGUGAGCGGCUCAUCGAGCUGAAGCACUACGCCGUGGACUCCAUCCGCCCCAAGUGCCACGAGCUCCGCCAGCUGUGUGACCAGUUUGCAGCUGACGUCGGGCGGAGGAGAGGGCUGCUGGGCAGGGCGCUGGAUCUGCACGGCCUCCUCGAGGCGUCCAUGAAGUGGUGUGACGAGGGCAUCUACCUGCUGGCCUCGCAGCCGGUGGACAAGUGCCAGGCCCAGGACGGCGCCGAGGCGGCCCUGCAGGAGGUCGAGAAGUUUCUGGAGACGCGUGCGGAAAACAAGAUCCAGGAGCUCAGUAAAAUCUACCAGGACUACGAACCCAUCCUCACCCGAGACCUGCUGGAGCACGUGCAGAAGGUCUUCCGGAAGCAGGAGAGUGUGGAGGAGAUGUUUCACCGGAGACAGGCGAGCCUCAAGAAGCUGGCCGCCAAGCAGACGCGGCCCGUGCAGCCGGUGGCCCCCCGGCCAGAGGCGCCCGCGAAAUCGCCCUGCCCCUCCCCGGGCAUCCGGAGAGGCUCUGAGAUCCACAGUUCUGAGGGCAGCGUGCUCCGGAGGGGGCCCUACAGGAGGGCCAGGAGUGAAGUGAGCGAGGGCCGGCAGGGCCGCGGCCGCUCCACCGGGGACGAGGAGAGCCUGGCCGUCCUGCGGAGGCACGUGAUGAACGAGCUUCUGGACACGGAGCGGGUCUACGUGGAGGAGCUGCUGUGCAUCCUGGAGGGCUACGCUGCUGAGAUGGACAACCCUUUAAUGACACACCUCAUCUCGACGGGACUUCAAAACAAGAAGGAUGUUCUGUUUGGAAACAUGGAAGAAAUUUACCACUUUCAUAACAGAAUAUUCCUGAGGGAGCUGGAGAACUACAUAGACUGCCCAGAGCUGGUUGGAAGGUGCUUUCUAGAAAGGAUGGAGCAGUUCCAGGUCUACGAGAAGUACUGCCAGAACAAGCCGCGCUCCGAGAGCCUGUGGAGACAGUGCUCCGACUGCCCGUUCUUCCAGGAAUGCCAGAAGAAGCUGGACCACAAGCUGAGCCUCGACUCCUACCUGCUGAAGCCAGUCCAGAGGAUCACCAAGUACCAGCUGCUGCUCAAGGAGAUGCUGAAAUACAGCAAGAGCUGCGAGGGGGCCGAGGACCUGCAGGAGGCCCUGAGCUCCAUCCUGGGCAUCCUCAAGGCUGUGAACGACUCCAUGCACCUGAUCGCCAUCACGGGCUAUGAGGGGAACCUGAGCGACCUGGGGAAGCUGCUGAUGCAGGGCUCCUUCAGCGUCUGGACGGACCACAAGAAGGGCCACACCAAGGUGAAGGACCUGGCCAGGUUCAAGCCCAUGCAGCGCCACCUGUUCCUGCAUGAGAAGGCCGUGCUCUUCUGUAAGAAGCGGGAGGAGAACGGCGAGGGCUACGAGAAGGCCCCGUCCUACAGCUUCAAGCAGUCCCUGAACAUGACGGCCGUCGGCAUAACGGAGAACGUGAAAGGGGACGUGAAGAAAUUCGAGAUCUGGUACAACGCCAGAGAGGAGGUGUACAUCGUCCAGGCACCAACUCCUGAAAUCAAGGCCGCCUGGGUGAGCGAGAUCCGGAAGGUGCUGACGAGCCAGCUGCAGGCAUGCAGAGAGGCCAGCCAGCACCGAGCCCUGGAGCAGUCCCACAGCCUGCCCCUGCCCGCGCCCGCCGGCACCAGUCCCUCUAAAGGGAACACAAAAGACGUCAGAAAGUUGGAAGAAAGAAAAACGGACCCGCUGACCCUAGAGGGAUACGUGGGCCCUGCGCCACUGCCGAGGCCCCCCGAGAAGGGCAGAGAUGACGCGGUCACUAGCUCUACUUCAGAAAGCUCUGCGCUUUCCAAAAAGCGCUUCACCCUGCAGAGCUUUGCUGCCCUCAAAGGUCAGAAAGCCUCUCCUACCAGUCCCGACAAAAAAGCUAAGCGACACCAAGUAAAGAGCGACCCAACGCCUUUUGGUUUACGAGGUUGGAGCAAAACGUCUAACCCGCCAGAGGCUCCUGAGGACAACGACGGCUGGUCCAGCGCCGAGGAGCCGGUCAACUCCUCAGACGCAGAGGAGGAAGGGAGAGCGGGCCUCAGGAAGCUGGUUCGUGCGGAACGUGAGCUCCGGCGGCGAGGGCUGGCUGCCGGCCCGCAACCUGUCCGCGCUCCUCGGCCAGCGCGGCGCCCCCGCGUGCCUGAGCAGCCCAGAGUCCAGCGCGGGGUCCGCCCUGCUGAGCGCCUCGUCCAGCUGCAGCGAGAGCUGCGCGGCCGCCCUCGCGGACCUGCAGGGAUAGCGCCGCGGCCACCGCGCCUGCGGCCCUGGGAGCUGGCCUCUGCUCGGGCCGGCGCGGCGUGGGGAGGGGCCGGCGCCCACAGAACCGCCCACGGAACCCCGAAGCCGCCGCGGCCCCAGACGAAGGUUCGGGAAGAGUCCGCCCUGCGGCCUCGGCGCCGGGACCGCGCGCGCGCCCCAGGGCGCAGGAAGAGCGCGGCACCGCGGCUUCCUCGGGGAGUCGGACGGACGGGGCUGCAGACGACAGACCUCUGGUGCAGAAGGGCUCCCGGGACUCCCCUUCGGCCUCGGCCGCAGCCGCUCCCCUUUGGUUUCCGACGUUUCUGGUCCGGUGCUUUCUGCAGGAACACGCGUUCUGUGGAGCUGCUUCCGAAAGAAGUGACCGAUUCACUGACCCAGCGGCUUGGUGCGGGGGCAGGAGGCUAGUUUGUCUUAUACACAUUUUUUUUUAAAGCAAGGAUUAAUUCUACGGCCAUCUUUUUGGUGAUACUUUGGCCUCUGAUCUUUCCCAAGAAUCACUGUGUUUACGUGAAAUGACAAUUUCAUACUGUAUUUGAUAUAAAACUAUUUUUUGUUA